AUGGUAUUUCAGGUUCUCAACUAUUAUUCUAUCGGCAUCACCCUGGCUAGCUGGGAAGAGGAGAGGCCCCUCUUGACUGGUCUCCAUGGGGCUGCCAAUGACAACCCACUAGAAGGAAAGUCUCGUGCAGGAAGCAAGAUUUUUUCUGGGAAACGUUCUUUGUCUGCUCUCCUUGAGGUUUCUGGGCUACUCAUUCUUCUGUCAAGCAGUGCUGUACAUGUGAAGCAAAAGGACAACCUAGAGCCACCCCCGUUUCCAAUUCAGAAGGGCUCCCUGAACCUCCUGAGGCAGAAAUGGGAAUCCAGUGAUUACCAGAGAAGUGAGUGUUGUCCUGAAGGCAGCCGCUGCAGACUCUUGCAGCUUCGGGAAAGCAAACUGCUUGAGCCCAAAGGAGAGGAGCCAUCAGCACCUGAACCUCUCCAUCCCUCAAGACUGCCUUGCAGAGCACAGGAAGAGACAUUGAGUACAGAGCCUAGAGAGAAGGGGCCUGAGCACAAAAGUGACCACUCCAGGGAACACAGCCGUCCUGAAGUGCUGAAGGAGGACUCCCUGACCAGUCGACGCAGGAUUGAGCGCUUUUCCAUUGCCCUUGAUGAGCUGAGGAGUGUCUUUGAGGCUCCCAAAAGUGAAGACAAACCAGUUGGACCAGCUGAAUAUGACCGAAAGGUAAGAAGCUAUACAUUGAGAACCUCAGUUCAUAUUUGA